AUUUAAAUGGCAUUUCUCAGGUGUCAGUUUUGUUGUUAAACGAUUAUCCGAAGAAAGUUUGUUUCAGAUCAAAAUAUAAAAAUGGCUGAUCGCGCUGGUAAUGUGAGUUAAUGGGUUGGUUGUGUUCGUUUGUAUUUUGUCCGUGUUAUGUUUUUUGCCUCUGUAUGCAUGUAUUGGGCUAAGGUUGUUUCUGUUGUUGGAACUUACAAUGGCGAAAAAAUACGUGCCAAUAGAUGAACCCAAGCCGCGUCAAACAAAUGAGUUGACCAAAACAUUUGUGAUAGCCGCCGCAGCAGUCUUGGCCAUAAUCAUCAUUGCCGUCGUCAUUUUUAUCUGCGGUUCAGGUCGUGACGCCUUUUUGUUCGCUGUUGCAGCUAUUAUGAUCGUUGUCAUCAUUGCCUUUUCGGUUUCUUCACCGUUCAGCAACAACAUCAACAUCGGCAACUACAGCUUCGCCUUCGGUUCGACCAAUAUUCAAGCCACCGAUGAAGAAACAUUGAAGCGAUUGGUCGAAUGGUCUGAGAAGAAGUACAAUUGAUUUGCGUCAAUCUUCGGAAUCGAGCUGCAAUCAACUGAGGGUUGAAUCAAUACCGAAACACAGAACACAAUCAAACGUCAUUGAAAAUUAUUCAAAAUAAUAGAAAUAAAAGAAUAAAAGCCAUAAACAUCAAACGAAAGUCUCUUCAUAUUUUCUUUUUUUGCAAUAUAAUUAUAUUGUGUGUUCGUCAACAUUAUGAAUUAAAGAUAAUAAAAUAAUGGAUUUCAACAGUUGGUGACAUAAAUGUAACGGCUGUUGGUUGUGUCAUGAAUUCAGUAGUCGGUAGCCUCAUCUUCAGCAUUCGAUUGAGUUUUUGAUCUGUGGAAAGGGAAUCAGUUUUGCAAUGGAAUAAAUAUGUUUUGGCUAUUUUUAAUUUUGGAACUUGAGAUUUGCCAAUCGAUGCGAUGGCAUCAUAAUGACGACAUACUUUUUUCUAUCGUGGUCUCUGGACCGCAUCCGAUGAAUGAAAGCUGCUCCUUUGUUUUUUCGAAAGUUUUCAUACGGAUCAUUCAAACUGAUACCGACGCCUUUGUACUGAUCUUGUCUAUCACGCACUUCGCCACCAGAAAUCGGCGUUUCAAUACCUUGGCCUUGUGCACCUAGGCCAGAGCCAGCCCAUCCCAUUUUCAUGAGCAACUGAUGACCUUUGUUGGUCUCUUCGAUACAAUCAUGUGAAGUUUUUUGCGAGAAAUUG